AACCCAAUCAAUGACGUCACGCCGCGCAUGAUCAAUUUAGACGAAAAGCCGCUCUACGCAGGGGGAAGGGACAGGGCUAUCAUUGCCCCUGGGAGAAACAAAGUAGCGGAUAUUUCAUGCAUAAUUUUGACAUCGUGAUACUCUAAAUUCGUUGUACACAAUGGCAGGGAAGUUAAAUAAAGACGAAAUGGAAGAUAGCAUGGAUUUUGAAGAGGAGGCCGGCGAAGUUGAUGACUCAACCAUCUCUUCUCCCACCCCAUCUCCCCGCCCUGCUAUAACAGCAGAGGUUAGAGGGACCAGAAUGGGCGUGUCUUAUGAAAGUUUUGGGGAUGAAGCUACCACAGAGAAGAAAGGCAAGAAACGGAAGAAGAAGGAUAGUGAAGAGAAGAAGAAGAAAAAGAAGAGCAAAAAACCGAAGAGAUAUGAAGAUGAUGAGGACUAUGGCUCAGGGGUGGCAGAUGAUGAUGAAGAGGAGUAUGUUCCAACCAAGAAAAAGAGGCAGAAGGAUAGGACAGGAGGAAGUACUCCUAAGGAAAAGAAGAGUCCCUCUGAUCUUAUAGCUGAAGAACUUGGUAUAAACAAUGUAGAUAUACCCUUUGAAGAUGAGGACUAUAUUACCCUUAACAAUUAUAAACUUUUCAAACAACAUGUGCAACCAAUUAUACAAAAAGCAAAUCCUAAAGUUGCAAUGGCUAAAAUGGUGACAUUAAUUGGGGCCAAGUGGAGAGAGUUUGCACAGGUAGUCGCUCAGCACAACAAAGAAAAAGAAUCGGGAAGUCCGCCGGAGAAGGAGAAAGCUGAGACAUCUCGAGACGGAAUAACUUCUGACAGGGAGGAGGAGGCAACAGACACAGAGAAUAGAGAAAAUGAUGAAGACACAGAGCCCCACAGUGAUCCUGUACCAGAGGAAACCAGUAAAAAGAAGAAGAAAAAGUCCAAGAAAACUGUGCCAGCCAUCAAGAUCAAAAUCGGAAAGAAAAAGAGGGGAAGAAAGAAGGCCAAUUCAGAUGAUGAUGGUGUGGGAUAUGAUACGAGCGAUGAAGAAUUUGAACGUCAGCUGGAAGAGGCGUCAAUUCUGGAGGAGGAAGAGAAAGCUGCAGCUGAGGCGGCACCCAAGAAGAAAUCCAAGACAAAGAAAGGAAGAGGGCGUGGAAAGAAGAAGACCAAACUCACCAACAAGUAUCCUACUGAUCCUGAUGCUGAUGGAUAUGAGACUGAACAUCAGGAUUACUGUGAAGUUUGUCAGCAGGGAGGGGAGAUAAUCCUCUGUGACACAUGUCCUAGAGCUUAUCACUUGGUUUGCUUUGAUCCAGAGCUGGAGGAACCUCCAGAAGGGAAAUGGAGCUGUCCACACUGUGAGGGUGAAGGAAUUAAGGAACAAGAGGAGGACGACCACAUGGAGUUUUGUCGGGUGUGUAAGGAUGGCGGAGAGCUCCUGUGUUGUGACACCUGUCCGUCAGCCUAUCACGUCCACUGUCUUAAUCCACCAAUGAAAAUGAUUCCAGACGGAGAGUGGCAUUGUCCGAGGUGUUCAUGUGAGCCUCUAAAAGGCAGGGUAGCAAAAAUAUUGACAUGGCGUUGGACUGAGCCCAUACAGGAGGAAGGAAAGAUGGAGGAAUUAGACCACACCCACCCACAUCUGCCUGCCUCUACUAAAAAGUUAAUGGUAAAAAAUGGGGGUAAAUAUGAGCCCAUGGAUUUGCAAAGAUUAAUUGAGUUGAGCAAUAAGAAUCGUAAACCUUUGCGGGAGUUCUUUGUCAAAUGGCAUGACCUGUCUUACUGGCACUGCAGCUGGAUUUCAGAAUUACAGCUGGAUGUGUACCACCCAGCCAUGUACCGAGCGUAUAUACGAAAAAAUGACAUGGAUGAACCACCUCCACUGGAGGAUGGUAGUAGUUAUGGUGGAAAGGACUACAAGAAACAAAAAAAGAGUAAAGAUGGCAAGAUACCAGUGGAAAGAGAGGAGGACGAUGAAAACAAUCUGGAAGAGAAGUUCUACAAGUAUGGAGUACGACCGGAGUGGUUAGAGAUCCACAGGAUCAUCAAUCACAGGAAUGGUAAAAAUGAGACCUGGUACUUGGUGAAAUGGUGUGACUUGCCGUACGACCAGUCCACGUGGGAGAAGGAGACGUCAGAUCUUCCAGAGAUGACUAAGCACAUCAGUCGCUACGAGGCCCUUAGAGCUCUGAUGAUGGGAGAUAAGAAGAAGAAAGGAAAAGGAGGAAAGAGAAGUAAAGAUGACAUUCAGGUCAAGAUGCCACCAUCUUACCCCACCACAGAUUUGAGGAAAAAGUGGGAUAAACAGCCUGAGUACAUUGAUGCCACUGGAGGGACUCUUCACCCCUACCAGUUAGAAGGGGUCAACUGGCUGAGGUAUUCCUGGGCUAACGGCACUGACACCAUCCUAGCUGAUGAAAUGGGACUUGGAAAAACUAUUCAAACUAUCACAUUCUUACAGUCACUGUAUCAAGAGGGACAUUCUAAGGGACCAUUUCUUGUAAGUGCUCCACUAUCUACAAUCAUUAACUGGGAGAGAGAGUUUGAGUUCUGGGCUCCGGACCUGUAUGUGGUGACCUACAUUGGGGACAAAGACUGUCGCUCUGUCAUCAGAGAGCAUGAGUUCUCCUUUGAAGAGAAUGCAAUACGAUCAGGAGCUAAGGCUAGUAGGAUGAAAUCGGACUGCCAGGUGAAAUUCCAUGUGUUACUGACAUCUUACGAGCUGAUCAGUAUAGACAAUGCCUGUCUAGGAUCUGUUGACUGGGCAGUAUUAGUUGUAGAUGAGGCUCACAGACUUAAAAACAAUCAGUCUAAGUUUUUCCGUAUUCUGUCAAAUUACAAAAUUGGGUAUAAAUUACUACUCACUGGAACACCUUUACAAAACAACUUAGAGGAAUUGUUCCAUCUCCUGAAUUUCCUAAGCCCUGAUAAGUUCAAUGACAUGACAAACUUUUUGGAUGAGUUUGCUGAUAUUGCUAAGGAAGACCAGGUGAAGAAGUUACAUGACAUGCUGGGACCUCACCUGCUGAGGCGACUCAAGGCAGACGUACUCAAGGGAAUGCCAUCUAAGAGCGAGUUCAUUGUCCGAGUGGAGCUCAGUCCAAUGCAGAAGAAGUACUAUAAAUACAUUCUGACGAGGAAUUUUGAUGCUUUGAAUGCGAAAGGAGGUAAUAGUGUGUCAUUGCUCAACAUCAUGAUGGACCUGAAGAAGUGCUGCAAUCAUCCAUACCUGUUUCCCACUGCCUCAAAUGAUGCCCCAAAACUGCCUAAUGGAAUGUAUGAAGGAACUGCCUUGACCAAGGCCUGUGGUAAAUUGGAGCUACUGUCUAACAUGAUGAAGAAGUUAAAGGAGAAGGGCCACAGGGUGCUCAUCUUCUCACAGAUGACCAAAAUGUUGGACAUUUUAGAAGAUUUUUUGGAGUAUGAGGGCUAUAAGUAUGAGAGGAUUGACGGUGGAAUCACAGGAAGUCAGAGACAGGAUGCUAUAGACAGAUUCAAUGCUCCUGAUGCCCCUCAGUUUGCAUUCUUGCUGUCAACAAGAGCGGGAGGUCUAGGAAUUAACCUGGCUACAGCUGACACUGUCAUCAUCUAUGACUCAGACUGGAAUCCUCACAAUGACAUCCAGGCCUUUAGUAGGGCUCACAGGAUUGGCCAGGCCAACAAAGUCAUGAUUUAUCGUUUUGUGACUCGUAACUCUGUGGAAGAGAGAAUUACCCAGGUUGCCAAGAAAAAGAUGAUGUUAACUCACUUGGUUGUGCGUCCAGGACUAGGAAACAAAGGUGGAGCAAUGUCGAAGCAGGAACUGGACGAUAUCUUGAAGUUUGGUACAGAAGAACUGUUCAAAGAUGACGCAGAAGGAAAAGAGGAAGAAGAGGCCAGAAUUGUUUAUGAUGAUGAGGCUCUGGAGAAACUACUGGACAGGACUCAAGCUGGACAGGAGGAGAGAGAGAUGGCCAUGAAUGACUACUUCAGCUCCUUCAAGGUCGCAACCUACGCAUUUAAGGAGGAAGAGGAGGAGGAGCCAGAGACAGAAGUUCUGAAACAGGAGGCGGAGCAUGCAGACCCCGCCUACUGGGAGAAACUUCUGAGACAUCACUAUGAGCAGCAGCAGGAAGACCUGGCUCGAACUCUUGGAAAGGGCAAGCGUAUCCGUAAACAAGUCAACUACAAUGACGGAAUGACAGGCCAUGGGGAUGAUGACACAUGGAAAAAUAACUUCUCUGAUAUUGACUCAGACUUCAGUGCAGCAACAGACAAUGAUGAAGAUGAUGAUGAGUAUGAAGAUUCAGAAAAGAACAAGAGAAGCAGGAGAAGUGGGAUGGAGAAGGAUCGCCCCUUGCCACCACUUCUGGCUCGUGUUAACGGACAAAUUGAGGUGCUGGGAUUCAAUGCCAGACAGAGAAAGGCUUUCUUGAAUGCUGUGAUGAGAUAUGGCAUGCCCCCACAGGAUGCAUUCAAUUCUCAAUGGCUUGUGAGAGAUUUAAGGAACAAAUCUGAGAAGGUGUUUAAGGCCUACGUUUCCCUGUUCAUGAGACAUUUGUGUGAACCAGGGGCAGAUAAUGCUGAGGCUUUCGCUGAUGGAGUUCCAAGAGAAGGGUUGUCUAGGCAACAUGUCCUGACUAGGAUAGGCAUCAUGUCACUUGUCAGGAAGAAGGUCCAAGAGUUUGAACAGAUAAAUGGACUUCACAGCAUGCCCUACAUUCAAGCUACAAAAGCUCUCGAGAUGAUGAAGAAGGAAGCAAACAGCAAGUCCCCAGCUCCCAGAUCUCCAGCACCAGGAAGUAAAGAGGAAUCAUCUGAAACAAAGAAAUCAGAGGAUGGAAAGGACAAAACAGAGGACAAGAAAGAGGAAGAGGUCAAAAAAGAAGGGGAGGAAGAGAAAAUGGAUGUCAAAGAGGAAGUGAAGGAAGGGGAAGAGGAAUCCAAGAAAGAGGAAGUUAAAGAGGAAGGCAAGUCUGAAGAAAAAUCUGAAGAAAAAGAAGAAAAGAAGGAAGAAAAGACUGAUAAGAAAGAAGAGGAAAUGGAAACAGAUGAGAAGAAGGAGGAAGACAAAGAAGUGAAAGAUGAAGCCAUGGAAACAGAUGAGAAAAAGGAUUCUGAAAAGGAGGCUGAAAAAGAAAAGGAAGAAAAAUCGGAGGGGGAAAAAGACAAACAGGAUGAAAAGAAGGAGGGCUCAGACACCAAAGAUGGAGAAGAAUCCAAGGAAAUUAAAGAGGAAGGAGAGGUCAAGAAAGAGGAAGAGGACAAAACAGAGGUCAAAGAAGGAGAGAAAAAGACCUCAAAUGAGGAAGUAAAAACUGAGAAGAAAGAUGAAAAGAAGGAGAAGGAAGAGGAGAAGAAGAAAGAAGAAGGAAAUCAGAAAUUUAUGUUCAACAUUGCUGAUGGAGGAUUUACUGAGCUGCACACACUUUGGACCAAUGAACAGCGAGCUCUUCAGCUUGGGAAGGAACAUGAGGUCUGGCAUCGUCGCCACGACUACUGGCUCCUUGCAGGAAUUGUCACACAUGGCUAUGGUAGAUGGCAGGACAUUCAGAAUGAUCAUAGGUUCCAGAUUAUCAAUGAACCUUUCCUAAGUGAACAAGGAAAGGGCAAUUUUCUGGAGAUCAAGAACAAAUUUCUAGCAAGGAGGUUCAAGCUUCUAGAGCAGGCUUUGGUAAUUGAGGAACAGCUGAGAAGAGCAGCUUAUCUUAACCUGACCCAGGAUCCCAACCACCCAGCAAUGGCUCUCAAUGCCAGGUUUGCUGAGUUGGAGUGUUUGGCAGAAAGUCAUCAACAUCUAUCUAAAGAAUCUCUAGCAGGCAACAAACCUGCCAAUGCUGUUCUCCAUAAGGUUUUGAACCAGUUGGAGGAACUAUUGAGUGACAUGAAACAAGAUGUCAGCCGUCUGCCAGCCACCCUGGCUAGGAUUCCCUCUGUCAGUCAGCGACUAGCAAUGUCAGAACGUAGCAUCCUUAGCCGAUUGGUCAAUCCAGGACAGGCUGCUGCCCAAUCCUCCACACCCACUACCACGGCAACUGCCUCCUCCUCCCACGCCUCACCCUCCACCUCAGCGGCAUUCCUCGCCCAGUCAGGUCUACCAGCCGGCUACACCGCAGCUAACUUUCCAGCAGGCUUCAGGCCACAGUUUGGCCUUCCUCAGUCUCCAUUUGGACAAGGACCUUUGGGUUUUCCUCUGAUUCCCAACAUGCCAAGUCAGCAUGAUAUUAGUACAACAAUAUCUGCCAUCUUGAGUCAGAGUGGCCAGCUGCUGGGACAAGCUGGAGCAGUGAAAUCCUCAGCCACCCCUAGUCCCUCCCAUAGGUCACCGGCCUCCACCCCAGGGCCGCCCACUUACGAUCAGGCAACAGCACCGUUUUUGCCAUCUCCGGCUGAUCCUUUUACAUGGCAAGUCAGUGCUGAUUCUGCAGCCAAGUCAGCUAUGGAAUCUUUACUGGGUCAAAGCCUUGCCCAGACAAAGAUGUCCAAGUGAUGAUGGAAAGAAGGAAGGACAAGUAAAUGGCAGUAAAUCUGAGAAAGCAUCAGAAAAAGGAGUUAUCACCCUUGGAGAUUGAACAUGGCAUUCAUCUUGGACAAAAGGAGAGUGAAUGAGAGACAAUAUGUGAGAAAGCAGUCAGUGUUCAACACCGAGGAGAUAACUUAACUUUAUUUUGCUUUUAUGGAAAAAGACAUUCCUUCUGCAUAAUUUUACAAACAUUUGUCAAGUGUCAUUGUCAUUUAUCAAAUUGUAUUCAAAAGAAAAAGUAUUGUUGCAACAAUAUCAUAAUUAUUCAUCACUACUGAAGCAUUCAUUCAUAGUGCUUUUAAAAUAUUUCCUGCCUAUUGCCUAAGCAUUGAGAGGCAUGUUUAUUUGGGUAUUUAUGGUAUGUGAACAUUAUAGUCCCAUAUUGCUGUUCUGUUGUGAUUUGUAACCAGCAGUCAUUCAAUGGUGCUCCCCUUGUAAAAGCUCAUCGAUAACACAAAUCCUCAUUUGUAACAAUAUUAAGUGUUCCUCUGUUAGAUGUGACUUUAAUUGUGAUUAAAAACAUUGAUGCGAAUUAUCUAGUUACUAAUAGGAACUUGGUAAUGAAUUUUCAACAUUGAUUCCGAGAUGUUUUAAUUUUUGGGGGAUUAUUGUGUUUCAAAUAGUAGGUGUAGUUAACUGUUAUAUAAAUUCUGUUUGCAUUUACAAUGAAAUAUUUGUGCUCAAAUGUUUUAAUUGUAUGGAUGGGUUUUCAUCCUUGUGCAGAAAUAAAUGAUACUAGAAGUU